AUGGCUAGGGACUACGUUUCCUUGAUGCAGAAUGGCCAGAACGAAGGAGCUCCAGUUAGCAUACAACUGGCAGCAGAUAAGCUGGUGAUUGGGAAUGUCCGCACCCAAUCCAGCGAUAACUUGAUCACAGACUCUGCAGCCUCCGGGACUGCCUUUGCCUGCGGCGUGAAGACAUACAACUCUGCUAUUGGUGUCGACCCUGACGGCAAGCCCGUUGGAUCCAUCCUUGAGGCUGCCAAGUUCGCGGGCAUGAAGACCGGCUUGGUCGUUACAAGCACCAUCACCCACGCCACCCCUGCAAGCUAUGCCGCUCAUGUUGCUAAUCGGGGCUCCUACGAAAAGAUUGCGGAGCACGAAAUAGGGUACAACCACCCGCUCGGCCCAGUUGUCGACGUUCUGCUUGGAGGAGGUCGAUGCUUCUUUAAGCCACAAUCAGACUCGACAUCCUGCCGCGAAGAUGAAAUCGAUCUCUUUGGGUUUGCCGAGGAGAAUGGAUACCACAUCAUGCAGGAUCGUCCUGCUUUUGAUGCUCUAAACAAGGGUCUUGGCGACAUCGGCAUCCCCUACAUUGGCCUGUUCAACGAUGACCACAUGAUGUACGAGAUUGACAGAUCUCGUCAACCCGAGAAAGAGCCCUCUCUUCUCGAGAUGGUUGAGACCGCUCUCAACUCCCUCACACAAGGUUCCCAAGACGUGGGAUACUUUCUGAUGAUCGAAGCCUCCCGUAUCGAUCAUGCUGGCCACGCCAACGACCCCGCCGCCCACCUCUUCGACACCGUACACUACAACGAGGUUAUGGGCUUCGUCCGGGAAUGGAUCGACAAGCACCCCGACACGAUGCUCAUGUCAGCCGCGGACCACGAGUGCGGUGGUCUUACGCUAAACGGCUUUAACCCUCUUCCCAUGGCCAAUGUUAACGCCUCCACUCAAGCUCUCAUGAAGGUUUGGGAAGCAUACACCGGCUCUGACAAGAAGUCUUUCCUCAUCAGCGAGAUCUUGCCCGAAUAUGGUCUUGCCGACGCCAAAGAUGCCGAGAUCAAUACUCUCCUCGAAUCGAGCGAUCUGAGUUCUGAUCUUGGACGGCUGCUCUCUAGCAGGUCUGGUGUUCACUGGUCCACGGGCGGACAUACGGCCACGGAUGUCACUCUGUACGGCUAUGGUGCCGGCGAUAACGGUCGUGCAAUCAGGGCCGACAUGGCUGGUAAUUGGGACAACACCCAGCUGCCCAGGUAUAUCGAGAAGGUCCUUGACAUCGAUAUGAAUGAGAUCACAACCCUACUCCGGGACAACGGCACUGGCUGGACCGAAGUCAAAUCCAAGCUGCGUAAGCGUUUUGAUGAGCACAUUGACGUUCACAACCAUGGUCACUGA